AUGAGUCCGGCGGAGCGUCGACUGGCGAAGGGCGAAUGGGUGCUCGUGACAGGUGCCAACGGGUACAUUGCCACACACGUUGUGGAUGUGCUUCUCGAGGAGGGGUACAAUGUCCGCGGCACCGUGCGGGCCGCCAAACCAUGGCUCAACAAGUUUUUCGACGAGAAGUACGGCGCUGGGAGAUUCGAGACGCAGACAGUGGCGGCCUUGAAUGAGGAGGGGGCUUUCAACGAGGCCAUCAAGGGAGUGGGAGGGGUGGUUCACGUGGCCACCGACACGUCGAUGAAUCCGGACCCGGACGCCGUCAUCUCGGGGGUCGUGGCCGGGACCAUCAACCUGCUCGAGGCCGCUGCUGGGGAAUCGUCCGUGAAGAGCGUCGUUUUGACGUCUUCGUCCACCGCGGCCCUCAUACCGGAGCCCAAUAAGGAGAUUGUCAUUGACGAGAACACGUGGAAUGACUCGGUCGUGGAAGCCGUGCACACAAGGCAGGCUCCCCCGGAGUUCAUGCCCUUCAUGGUCUACGCGGCGUCCAAGACGGAGCAAGAGCGCGCCUUCUUCAAGUGGGCCAAAGAGAACAAGCCCGGCUUCGCUGUGAACAGCGUGCUUCCGGACAUGAAUAUAGGCAAGGUCCUCAUGCCAGAGGGAUCGACCAGUACGAUGGGCUGGGUCCGUGGUCUGCUCCGGGGCGAUGGACACAUGAUAAAACUGACGCCGCCUCAGUACUUCAUCGACGUCCAUGACGAUGCUCGCGUCCAUGUCGCCGCACUGCUCGACCCGACGGUUCAGAAUGAGCGGCUCUUUGCCUUUGCGCAGGUCUUCAACUGGACCGACAUCAUCGGCAUCCUGACCAAGCUGAGGCCUGACAACUCACAAAUUCCCAAGCCUCCGGUGGACGAGGGCCACGAUAUCACGCACGUGAAAGGGCGGAAGAGGGCCGAGGAGCUCAUCAAGUCGUUCUUUGGCGUGGCCGGGUGGACGGGCUUGGAGGAGAGUGUCGCGGCGGGGAUUGAAGAUUUGUAG